AUGGCUCGAACCACUAUGCGUCUCCUCGAUCUGGCAGCGCUCCCGUUUGCAACGCCCCCGCUUCCAGAACCCUCAGAGAUCGGUUGCGCCGAAGGGAGGGGAGGAGCGACCGCGCCGGGGCGCCGCCAGGGCGCUGCCUCGGCGCUCCCCGCGGAGCUCUCGAGAGAGAACGAGACCCUGGCGGCCCCAGGCGCGCUCCCGCAGAGCUCCCUCGCGGGGGUCCUCGUUCGCCCCCCCCCCCCAAGUGGGGUGUGCUCCUCGCGGGGGUGGCCGAGCGCCGCCGAGCACGGCGCCAGGUCCUCUCCCUGCGCCGCCCUCUCCCCCGUCGAGGAGGCGCAGGGCUCGGGCUUGGGGGAGCUCGGGUUGGCCUGA